AUGCAGGCUUUUGCCCCUCUGGCCCAUGUACCAGCCCUUCCCACUCAUUAUUGGGAACAUACUGAGAACUACUUCUGCGUCUUUGUCUGUCUUCAAGCCGAAGUGCCUCAGCCAGAACUAUUAAUCAGCUUCAACACUCCGUUGCUCCCCACUGCUGCUUUCUGGCUUCAGCUCUUUCCUGCGUCCAUUCUCCCGCCAUUUUUACAUAAUUCCUUCUUAUCUUUACGAUUUUCUUUCUUCCGUUUUUCUCUCGUUACUUUUUUUUUUCUUCUUAGUCUUUUUCUUUUCUUUUACUCCAUUUUUUUUUAUCUUUCCUUCAAUGUUCAUUCUUUAUUUACUUAUUUUAUUUAUUUAUUUAUUACCUCUCUCGCUCUUUCUUUUCUCGGCAUCUCAAUUCAUUCUUUUUUUCAUUUUUUCUUUCUCUGUUGUUCUUUCUUCCAGUUCUUUUCUUCUACUCCUUGCUUUAAUCUAUCUCAAUUCUUUUUCAGUCCCACAAUCCUUUCAUCUUUUGUUGUUUAUUUAAUUUUCUUUCUUUCAGAUUUUUUUUUCUUCUUCUUUAUUCUAUCAUUCGCCUUUCUUCCUUUUCCUGACAUCUUCGCCAAUUGUUGUCUUUCUUUCCCCUUUUAUCAUCUUAGUCUUUGUUUUUUAAUUUCUUUUCAUAUUUUCUUCGUUUCUUUUCUUCUUCGCACUCCUUCCAUCACCUUAUGUCUUUUUUCCUCUUUUCUUUAA